GCAUCAGAAAAAGUGGGUAGGAAAAGGGAAGAUUCAGAAGAAGUUUAACUUGAAAUCAUCGCCGAAAUGGGAUCGCGGGCUAUUGCUACUCGGAAUCUCAUGCCGAUUCUAUACGCUGUUUUGCUUUUUGGUCUUGCAAUGGCUAGAGUGAGCGAGGGUCCGUCUGCAUCUAUCGUGGAGGCGAAAGUUUCCAGUGCAUCAUCACGUGGCGACUUAAACGUCAGGAGAUCCGACUUCCCCAGUGACUUCCUAUUCGGAGCUGGCAGUUCUGCCCUGCAGACAGAAGGGUCGGCCAGAGAAUACGGGAAAGGAUUGAGUGUCUGGGACGUCUAUGCUAAGAAAUACCCAGGAACAAUCGCAAACAGAAGUACCUUGGAAACAGCGGUUGAUUCAUACAGACGUUAUAAAAAAGAGGUCAAGUUGCUAAAAGAACUUGGAGUGGAUGCGUACCGAUUUUCCAUUUCCUGGACCAGGAUUGUCCCAAGUGGAUCCUUGCGUGACGGAGUGAACCAGAAAGGCAUCGCUCACUACAACAAUCUCAUUGAUGAAUUGAUCGAUAAUGGCAUAACGCCUUUUGUGACGUUGCUCCACUUUGACCCCCCGCAAAUGCUUGAAGACAAAUACAGAGGUCCCCUGAACCGGAAAUUUGUGGAUGAUUUCAGGGACUUUGCUGAAAUUUGUUUCGAAAUGUACGGAGAUAGGGUCAAGAAAUGGACCACGAUAAACGAGCCUUUGAUGGUGGCAUUGUUUGGUUAUGACACAGGGCUCGGGCCGCCAGGGAGGUGCUCAGACCCUCCUGGUGCAUGUCCUAGAGGCAAUUCGUCCACUGAGCCUUACAUUGUGAGCCAUAACCUGAUACUUGCUCACGCCGCCGCUGUAAAGCUUUACAGGGAAAAUUUUCAAGCUGAACAAGGAGGAGAAAUUGGCAUAUGCCUCGUAGGUCAAUACUUUGAACCUUAUUCAGAAUCUUCAGAAGAUAAACAAGCAGCCCAAAGAGCUCAAGACUUCUACUUGGGAUGGUUUAUGGAUCCAAUGGUGUAUGGAUCCUAUCCACACACAAUGCGACGCGUAUUGAAGGAAAGACUACCGAAUUUCACUGGAGAAGAAAAGAACUUGGUUAAGGGGUCAUUUGACUUCUUAGGCUUGAAUUACUACACGACCAGAUAUGCAAAGAGCCUAAACGUAUAUCCACACGCACCGCCAAAAAGUUACAGUCUAGACAUGCAUGCAGACCUUCGAGUUGACAGAGAUGGAGUUCCUAUAGGCCCAAAGGCUGAAGGAAGCAGUUUCAUUUAUAUAUACCCGAUUGGGCUACAGAGAGUUUUGAAGUACGUGAAGCAAAGAUACGGGAGUCACAAAAUCUACAUCACCGAGAACGGAGUCACCCAGGCGAGGGUCGAGGGCAGGCCGACACAGGAAGCGCUAAAUGAUCAGCACCGCAUAGAGUUCGUCCUUCAGCAUCUUUAUCAAAUCAACCAAGCAAUGAAGCAAGGAAUCGACGUGAGGGGAUACUUUUACUGGUCUCUGCUCGACAGCUUCGAGUUUGGAGAUGGCUACACGGCUAGAUUCGGGCUCUACUAUGUCGACCACGACAACAAUCUCAAGCGCGUACCUAAGCUGUCCGCGAAGUGGCUUCCUGCAUUCCUGCGAGGCAAAGAAGAGACGCUGAAACACUAGUCAUUUACAUGACAGGUAGAUUGUUUCCGUUCCAUUGCGCCUAGUCUGUUAAAGCCAUACCAUUGGCUGCUUUCUUGGGAAGUUGCACCACUGAGACAUUGCCUUUUCAUGUUUGCAAGCAUGCAUUAGGAUUUUCUUAGUCCCUCAGAUCUAUUGUUGUCAAAUGGCAACUAAUGGAAGGGAAACUAGAAUUUUGAUUUGGUGAAAGGAAAAGCCCAUUCACAGCCACACAGGACAUUAGUGUGGAUGAUUUGCUUAUUUUUAUUUAUUUAUUUAUUUAUGCUUUGU